GAGCUGGUCCAUCAUGUUACCGAAGACUCUAGUUGUGGUGCAAGUCCUGCUGGCCAUCUGCCACGGCUCCCUGGCCGAGAAAAUGAUGCGGCCCAAAUUCAAGGAGAUCAAGAUCUGGAGCGACGAGAAGUUCGUCAGCCACAAGGUGGUGUACGACAACAGCGAUCCGCACCUGAACUUCUCGAUGGAGGUGCACCAGGAACUGAAGGACGUCGACAUCCACCUGGAGGUGCGGAUCACCAACAAGGUGGACUCCCACUACACGACCACCCUGGUGACCACCCUCAACGUGUGCCGCAUCUUGGGCUUCGCGAACCAGUCGCCCGUGGGCCGGUUCGUGCACGGCUUCAUCCGGGAGUUCGGCCACAUCAUCGACAGCUGCCCCAUCGCCAAGGGCGCGUACUUCAUCAACAAGUUCUGGUGGCCCGAGGACCCGACCACCGCCAUGCUGCCGGAGCUCGAGUUCGACAUCAUCUGGCAGGCCCAUCUGCUGGACGCCGCCAAGAAGCGCACUCUCAUAAUGGACGAUCACUUCGCCGGGGAGUUCAACGUCCAGGAUGUGAACAACCUCAAGCCUGGCAUAUUCGCCAUGCUGCCCAAGACCGUCUAGGAGCGCCGCCUCCUCAAUGGUGAUCCCCCGCCGCCGCCCCCUUCCCGGGAUCGUGUCUCAUGUCUCAAUGGUAUUUUUCGUGUUUUUUUUUUCUCUCUCUCUCUCUCCCUCUCACUCACUUUCAUGUUAGCCGCAGCAAAAGCAAAUAAAAUUGUUU